UGCCCCCCACCCCCGGGCCCUUCACCCUGAUGCUGCACGGGUGCUGAGCCCGUCCGGGUCGGGACUAUGGUGAAGUAUUUCCUGGGCCAGAGCGUGCUCCGAAGUUCCUGGGACCAAGUGUUCGCUGCCUUCUGGCAACGGUACCCGAAUCCCUAUAGCAAACAUGUCUUAACGGAAGACAUAGUACACCGGGGUGACCAGAAGCUUCUGUCUGGGAGACUCCUGACCAAGACCAACAGGAUGCCACAUUGGGCAGAGCGACUUUUUCCUGCCAACGUUGCUCACUCGGUGUACAUCCUGGAGGACUCGAUUGUGGACCCACAGAACCAGACCAUGACCACCUUCAACUGGAACAUCAACCACCCCCGGCUGAUGGUGGUGGAGGAACGAUGUGUUUACUGUGUGAACUCUGACAACAGCGGCUGGACGGAAAUCCGUCGGGAAGCCUGGGUCUCCUCCAGCUUAUUUGGUGUCUCUCCAGCUGUCCAGGAAUUUGGCCUUGCCCGGUUCAAAAGCAAUGUAACCAAGACGAUGAAGGGCUUUGAGUACAUCUUGGCCAAGCUACAAGGGGAGGCUCCUUCCAGAACACUCGUUGAGACAGCCAAAGAGGCCAAAGAAAAAGCAAAGGAGACGGCACCGGCAGCUACAGAGAAGGCCAAGGACCUGGCCAACAAGGCCGCCACCAAGCAGCAGCAGCAGCAGCUCGUGUAG